AUCGCGCACAGUUCUUGAGUUUUGAUCAAAAACUCGUAUCUGAGACCAAAAGAUUCCAUAAUUUUCACCAAGGGCUUCUUUUGAACAAUGGCAUGUGAUGUGAUCCUACUAUUUAGCUUCAUUGGCGUUUCACAUGCGUACGUUACGCGUGAUACGAUCAGCUGUUUUGUUAAGUUUCGUAUAUUUUUCCUGUUUUGGUAUAUUUCAAGUAACAAACGGAACGAAAACAUUGUCUUGUUGAUAUUCUUAUUGGAGAAGAAGAUGCUGAAAAAGAGGAGUUUCCAGUGGAGGAGUCUGCAGCUUCCAGUGAGUGAAAUGUUUUCAAGUGUUACACAUUCAACAUGGCAAACUUGUGUAAUGUCUGAAUGUAUAUCCAGAAGAUUAACUUGUUUGAUUACCCUUUGGGGCUCCUUACAAGUAUCAUGAUGACAACAGUGGAAGGGACUUCUGGCACAUCGGAGAUGGAGCAGUCAGCAUCUGCUUCUGUGCACAAAGUAAAAGUUGUGGCCCCAUGCAACAGUGGUUCUGGAGCAUCAUCAUCCAAGCUCAGUGGAGGAACAGCAGGAUUGUCAGAACUCUGUCGCUGGAAGACAGCAAUGACAACAGUGAGUCUACAUCAUGAUAAUGAAAGACCUUCAGUUGAGGCAUGUAGCCAAUAUGAUGUAGGGCAAAAUAACUAAUCAGGAAAAUUCUGAUCAGUCUGAGUCCCAGAGCAUCUGCCACAUUUACCACUCUUCUGGGAAAGAAGCCCUUAUAACUCAGUGCUACUGUUCUGGC